AUGGCCGACGUCAACUCGCCAACAGCUCCCUUGCCGAGCUGUCCCUUCCAAAAGAUCCCGCUCGAGGUCCUCCUGCGCAUCACCUGCUUCCUCGGCACGCCUGACCUUGGCAGAGUGCGUCUGACAUGUCGCUCCAUCGAGCAGUCCCUCGACACCACAUUCAUCAAGGAGUUCUUCACCCGCAAGCAGUUCAUGCUCUCGGAUCAUAGCCUCCAAGCCCUCAUAGACAUCUCCAAAAGCCGCCUCGGCGUCCAUCUUCGCAUGGUGCACUUUGGCCUCGACCACUAUCCCCCACCUACGGCCGUGCGUCGCACCGCCAAUGAUCAAUACGAGAAGAGGCAGCUGGAGCGCUAUGCAGACAUGUUUACCCUGUGGAGUACCGGCUACCAACGCGACAUGCUCGCAGAGGCCUUCCGCAACCUCCCAAACCUCGAGGAUGUGGUUAUUCGCGACUUCAACUCUCGCAAGCGCGCCCGCGACGGGCCGUUCUUUCAGUGGACUAGCUAUGGGUCAACGACUGCCAACCGCGAGACAGAUUCCAACAUUAUCCAGAACAGAUAUAACAGCCGGGAACAAAAGUUUACGUCCAAUUUCAGCAGCCAGGUCUUCUCCGCCGUGCUCAUGGCAUUGGGCCAAGCAGGGGCGAGACCCAAGGGCAUCGAGGUCAUGGCGAGGAACAACAACCACUUGAAGAGCUUCGCCUUCAACAUUCCUCCAUACAUGGAAGCAUCUGUGCUGCCGGUGCUCCAAAACCUCGAGAAACUGCAUCUUGAUGUUAAUAUGAUUUGGAGAACCGAACCGGUGGUGUCCGCUCCAGACCCAAACUUGCUGCUGGCAUCUGAUUUUAUGCUGUGCAAGUUUCUUUUGAACACCACUCAUCUCCGACAUCUCCGGAUCAACGAGGCGGGCAAGGACGACAUCAGACUUAGUGGAUUUCUCAUAUGUCAUUUGGAGGAGCUUAAUCUGGGAUUCAUGCAUGUUGAGGCUUCUUGGGUCCUUAACGUCGUCCGAAAGGUUGCGCCGACACUUAAGAGACUUCAGCUCUGGAAACUGACCCUUCGACGGGGACUCCCAGAUAACCACGUUGGUGCUCCACCAAAGGUCAACUUCUGGGGCAAGUUCCUCGAGAGGCUCAAGGGCAUCCCGGGACUGGAAUUACGUCACAUCAUGGUGGGUAGCGUCCAACAGCAUUGGUACUCGCGUCCGUCCCAUUCGUUGGUCACCUUCCGCGACGGAAACUCGAUGAUGAACUAUACCGGCACGGAUUGGAGGCAUUAUGUGGGAGAGGAGAUUGCAGGCAUGAAAGUCCUUUACGCACACGACGAAGGAGACAGAUCGCAGGGAUCUGAUGAAGACGAUGGUCUGUGGGACCAAUACGCCCUAGAUUUGUGA